AAACUUCAUCCCAGACCCAACAAAAAAAAUUCGCAGCACAUGAAAAUGGUCUCUCCCGCUCGUUUCUUCCGCCUCCACCGCCACCGCCGCCUCCACUCAUCGUCCACCACCUCCCCAAGCCCUAACCCUAGCCCUAACCCUAAACCCAUCUCCUCCCUCAUCAACCCCAUCAUCAAGCUCCACGACCCCGACGCCCUCGUCUCCCUCUUCAACCUCUCAUCCGCCGACCCCCGCUUUUCCGCUUCACUCCCCAUCUUACUCCUCCACCGUCCGCCGCUCUCCUCCGCCGGCCGCCCCGACGCCGUCGAAGCCCUCAUCGAGCACCAGAAGUCCCACCCCGACUUCGCCCAGUCCGAGCCCUUCGCCUCCCGCCUCAUCCUCCUCUACGGCAAGGCCCGCAUGAAAGCCCACGCCCUCUCCACCUUCAAAUCCCUGAAAUGCCCCCGCUCCGCCCUCUCCCUCAACUCCCUCCUCUCCGUCUUCUCCGACGACCCCGACAGGAUCGAAACCCUAAUCCAAGAGAUCCAAUCGGAAUUCCCCGACAUCGAGCCCACGGUCGUCUCCUACAACAUCAUAAUCUCCGCUCUGUGCAAGAAGCAGGAGUUUGAGCAGGCGAUGGAGGUCGUCGAGCGGAUGGGGUCGAAAGGGAUCUCGCCGAAUUUGGUCACGCACAACACCCUGCUCAACGGGUUUUACGGUUCCGGGAGGCUUGACGAUGGAGAGAGGAUUUGGGAGGGGAUGGAGGAGAGGGACGUUAUGAGCUACAAUGCGAGGCUGAGGGGGCUGGCCUCCAACAACAGGGUCCCGGAUGCGGAGAAGGUGUUCGAUGAAAUGAAACGGGUCGGGGUGAAACCCGAUAUCUACAGCUUCAACGCUCUGAUGAAGGGGUACUGCGAGUGUGGGAUGCUGGAGGAGGCCAAAAGGGUUUAUCUCCGUCUGGGGGGGAAUGGUUGCCGCCCGGAUCUGUGGACGUUCAAGAUGCUGGUCGUUGAGUUCUGGGUCGCGAAAGAGUUUGACUUUGCGGCGAGAUUGUGUAAUGAGAGUAUAAAUUACGGAUGUUAUCUGAGCGUGGAGACUUUGCAGGCUGUAGUGGAUGGAUUNGAUGGAUUGGCGAAGGAGGAGAUGUUGUUGAGGGCGAAGAAGCUUGUGAAGCUCGCUAGGUCGAGGAGUUUUUACGGGAGCAAGUGUUUGAAGAUGCCUUUGAGUUGUUUUGUGGUGUAGGUGAAAGCCACCUCGAUUAUGAUUCAUUAAUCUAGAUCAUCAGGUAAUGUAUUUUUUUUUAUUCUCCAUAAGAUAAGGUGUGUUGCAUUUUAGAUUAGGACUAGAAUGCUGAUGCGUCGAAGAGAAUUGUAACAACGCAUGGCUACACUAUACGUUGACAAUGCUUCUUCUAUGAAAAAAAUUUAGCCAUUUUGGGA